AAAAACAUAGCGUAAUUAAUUCUAAUAAAAUGCGUGCGCUCCUGUUAUUUAGUUUGGGGUUGGUGGCUGUAGUCACGGGGCGCGAAGCUCCUGUGAUGCCACUCCUGAACUACCAUGAAACUGUUGGUAUUCCUCUGGCCAAGAGCAUCAAGGAUGCUGAAGAUGCUAUCCAUUCACCAGUUUCUGGCCGAUCAGCUCAGAAUGACAGCAAUAUGUUCAUCGUCGGUGGUGUCAUUGCAACUGCCGAUGCUCAUCCUUACCUGGCUGGCUUGGUAAUAAGCUUGGUUGGCAUUGCUGGUAACUCUGCGUGUGGAUCCUCGCUGCUCACCACCAACCGGCUGGUGACCGCAGCGCACUGCUGGUCACAUGGCACCAUGCAGGCUUGGCAGUUCACGGUCGUGUUGGGCUCCCAGUUCCUCUUCUACGGAGGCACCCGCAUCGCCACCUCACAAGUCAUCUUGCACCCUCAAUACGUUUCUCAGUUCCUGAUGAACGAUGUGGCGAUGAUCUACCUUCCAACUCCAGUGACUUUCACACAAAGCAUCCAGCCAGUCGCUCUUCCAUCUGGCACGCAACUUUGGGACACCUUCGCCGGCACUUGGGCUAUAGCUGCAGGUUACGGCAAGGUCAACGACCAACAAACCGGCGUCUCCACGGCCACGCAGGUGAGCGAGGUGUUCCUCCAGGUGAUCACGUACGCCCAGUGUGUCAGUAUCUACGGGUCCAGUUUUAUCACUCCCAGCACCCUGUGCACCAGCGGCACCGGAUCCGUCGGCGUCUGCGGUGGAGACUCCGGCGGACCACUCGUCAGUUUCCAGAAUGGACAGAGAACCUUGAUCGGCAUCAGCUCGUUCGCGGCCAAUGUUGGUUGCCAGCUCGGUCACCCCUCAGGGUUCGCCAGGGUCACCAGCUUCAUGAGCUUCAUCACCCAGCAUAUGUUUUGAGCUAAUAUCUUCAGCACUUGUUUUACUUAGGACAAGCAACCCAGGGCAAAUCACGAGAAAAAUUUCUCUGGAGCCGAAACUUCGUUGCUGUACCUAUUUUAUUCAAAACAUUUGCAAGAAACACGAUACCUAAGUACCUAUCUAC